UGUUUGUUUGUAAUUGCAUUGCAGAGGCGUUUGUGCACGACUGUCAACGGUGUCCAGGGUACACCUUACCGGUAUCUAAUUACCAGCCAGUGCUUUCCCCUGUAUCGAAGUAUGGCCAGUAGAAUAUAGCAGAAGUCCUUAGCAAGGGGCGCCUGAAGGCGGAAGGUCGCCCCUGUCGCUCUUUUCCAGAAUCAUAGAAAAAUGAGCUUAUCGUUUAGCAAGGAUAAGCUGGCUUCGAUGGAGAAAGAGGCAAAAGAGCUCCUGAAGAAGGCCAAGGGCUUGACCGCGCCAUCGUUGCUGGAGCUGCGGUUUAAGCCAGACUGGGAAUCCGCAGCACCGUUGUUGGAUAGAGCUGCUCUGCUGUACAAGCAAUGCGGCAACCUGGUCAAAGCUAUUGAAUGCUACGAGCGCGCCGCACACGCGCAAGAGCGGCUGCAGUCACCCUGGCAUGCUGCCAAGCACUACGAGGUGAUUGCCGAGCUGUCCCGACAGCGAGGCGGCGCCCGAGGAGCUGACAUCGCUGAUGAUGGCGAUGAUGACGUCACGGGCGAAGGCGCGGAGGAAGGCGGGGAGGGAGGAGGUGACGGCAAGGGCAAGAAGAAGAAGAAGGGCGGCGGCAGCAGCGGGGCAGCGGCAGUAGCGAAAGCAGUGGGGAGAGCAGCAGUAGCAGCGAGGGGUGAUAGAGGCGGCGGUGGAGGUGUGGUUGGCGGCGAGGGGCUGUGUGACACGGCUCGCUACUUCAAGAUGGCGGCGGAUCAGUACUUGGAGGCGGGCAAGGCCACGGCGGCGGGUGAGGUCUUAGCCCGCGCCGCUCGCUCCCUGGAGGAGUCCGCACCCGGCGACGCCCUGCGCCUGCACUUUGACGCACUGGACGUGUACGAGAGCGGGGAGCGGGAGGCCUACGCGACGGACGCCUUCCGCGCCGCCGCUGCCUUCCUGGUGAAGCAGGGGCGGUGGGAGGAGGCGGUGGGGGUGCUGAUGCGGUUCGGGGCGGUGUGUGAGAAGGUCGGCAUUCGCCACUCGCAGUGCAAGGCGUACCUGGGUGCCGUGGUGGUGUGGUUGUGGGCGGGUGACGCGGAGCGAGCCUGGCACACCUUCCAGGAUGCCAUGGCGGUGGAGGCGUUCGCGAGCAGCGAGGAGGCGUUUGCGGCGGACGCGCUGUUCGAGGCGUUCAGGACCGCCGACGUCGCCACAAUCACGGCCGCCGUCUCCUCGCGCUCGCACUUCAAGCAGCUAGACCACCAGAUAGCUCGACUCGCCACCCGCCUGCCCGCACCGCAUGCAAGGCUGCGGCGCAUGGCUCGGAAGUUGAACCGUUUGAUGGUGGAUCCGGAUCCCGAGGAGGAGGAGGACGGGGAGGGAGGAGGGGAGGAGGAGCUGCUGUGAGGGAGCUGGAGUUGGAAGGGGGGUGGAAGAGAGGAGAGGGAGGAGGGACUGUUGUCAAUUUGUGAUAUGAGGACGGAGUGAAGGGGGGCGCGUUGGAAGCCCGUGUGGAGGUGUAUUGGUAUGUGAUGAAACCUAACCCGUGAACAUGGACCUAGUAACGGUAACUGAUUGAAGAGCAGGAGAAGGCCGCUCUGCAUGUAGAUUAAGUAGACUGGUGGACGGGACCGAAUAGAGGGGAUUGAUUCACUGCGGGGUUUGACGGUUUGCUGAUGGACGGAUAUGUGUCGGUAGCUGGGGCUGCAGUGCAUUGCAUGAGGACUUGAGGGGUGUAUCGAAUGGUGGCUGUUUAGUACAGGUACUGUGUUUGUCUUCAACGGGCUUGGCGCCUGGUUGGAUUGGUGUGUGCUGGUGGUGGUGGCGGUGGUGGGGCUCUUUGUGUGAUCUCACCCGGCUUGUGUAUGUACGACACAUGUGCCGUACGUGUUUGAGCUGUUGCCCACAUGUGUUUUGCGCACGGGCGGGGUGCUUGUGCCAACGACUCUGGCAGGACUGACCGCGACAGAGGGUUGGUUGGUACUCGGUUGGGUAGGUAGGAGAGCGAGACGGCAUCAGCAAGAGGGGUGUGUUGUUGUACUUAAGGAAACAGCAACAACAACGCAUGAUCAAGCAGGUGUGUUGUGACAUGGGGCCCUCCCGACACAUCACCCCUGUGCUCAGCACCGCUCAGCACAUAUUAUGGUACUCCACACAUGGUGUGCACAGCUCGCAGCAGUGCUGCCGGGUGCUCCUGCUGUUGACUUGUUGAUGUCACGGUGUACUCCUCUCUACCGUUGCAACUGCUCCGUGCAACUACCCGUGUAACUGCUGCUGCGGGGGCGGCGGCGGUGGCUUCCUCCCCUCCAGUCGCCUAG